UACUUUCUUUUCGGCGUGUAGCCGGCAUCACCAUUUUGUCUGCAAAUUUGUUUGGAAAAUUGGAAAAUAUUAAUUUAAAAUGUCAAAGGCACAUCCCCCAGAGCUGAAAAAGUACAUGGACAAGCGUAUGAUGCUGAAGCUGAAUGGCGGUCGCGCCGUGACCGGCAUCCUGCGUGGCUUCGAUCCGUUCAUGAACGUGGUGCUGGACGACACAAUUGAGGAGUGCAAAGACAAGACGAAGAACAACGUGGGCAUGGUGGUCAUCCGCGGCAACAGCAUUGUGCUGGUGGAGGCCCUAGACCGGGUUUAACGCCCGCCUACGUCGCGGGCACUACCUACCGUCGCUAUCCUCAUGGCUAGCACCCUAGCUAUUAUGUGUAGUCUUAAGGCUCCCCCCAACCAUCCACUGUAUACCUUCAGAAAAGCCACAAAAAUCGUAAAUAAAUUAAUAUAAAAAACGAAA